AUGUCUCUCCGCAUCCCCACGCUGCGCCAUGCCCUGCGCCAGCCCCUCGUCAACCCCCGCGCCACUCAACGUCGCUGGGCUCAGGUGCAAGACAUUCGCCGCUUCCUCGUCACCCACGACUCCCAGGAGCGCAUCCUCGCCAAGUACAAGGAGAAGCUCGAGCACAAGGCGCGGGAAAAGGGUCUCAAGGACCUUGACGAGCUCAAGGAGCAGUACAAGGACAGGAUCGAGGAGCUGAGGAAACAGGCCAUUGUGCCCGGCGCGACAGGUCCCUUGACACCGCCGCCAGAAACCACCACCACCACAUCAUCAUCAUCAUCAACAACAACAACACAAGCGCCACCAAAGAGCCCCUGGCCGUCGCCCCCUCCGCCGCCCGCUGCCUCGGGCUCCCCCACCGCCCCACCACCAGGCGUCAAGACGCUCAAUUCCUUCCUCGACCUCGACAAAGUCCAGACUCUCCCCGAGAAGGAAGUCCAAGCCCUGUGGCGCCUUCGACAUGCUGCCAACCCGCAGAGCAUUCAUUUCGCCGUUCCAGCCACGACCUUCUCCCAGCUCCUCCGCAGCGCGAAACAACACCCCUCGUUUGUCCUCCCCGAACAGCCACAGACGCAGCAAGCCGCCGAGCUGCACUAUCUGCAGUUCUCCCACCCACACGUUGAUACUACCACGCUCAUGUUCACAACGCUCGCAGAGUUCAAGCUGAGGGGCGAAUUUGCGAGUCCGCACACCACCAUCACCUUCCACCAGGAGCUCGCCGAGAGCCACAACUUGGUUCUGGGACAGGGCUUGGUUAUCGAGAACAGAGGCGUAAGCGUCGACGAGGCCAGAUGGCUCGUCAUGUGCAUGCAGAAGUUUUACGUGCAGACGGAAGAGGGCAAGGCACGCAGCCAACUACUCAACAUGUUCACUCGCGGAGACAGCGCAUUUCAAGUAGAACGACUUAUAGAUGAGGCAGAGAAGAUUUUGUAA